AUGAGUUUGAGUUACGUGGAAGAUUUGAACACUUUGGAGCCGAUCGCUAUAAACGAUGCGGAUCCUAAGUUGGUGAUUAAAGCUCAGGAGCGAGCAGAUAAGAUUGGAAAGAUGGGGGUAAGAUACAUUGGUCCUGUAGCGCCAAAGUUUGCUGAUGCGUAUAGUACAGUUCGACCUUUAUUGGUACGUUUGUCUAUGAUGACAACUCGUUCGGCGUAUCGAUCAUUUAAAUUGUUGAGUCAAUUGCAGCGUGUAGUUCAGGAUCCAUAUUUGCCAUCAGAUGUGUCUAGCCUGCCAUUGGUGCCAGCGGAUGAUGCUGAUAGAGUUGCCCUAUUCCGUACAUGCGCCUUGCUGUCUUCUGCGGUGUAUUCAUUGAAGAGUGUGCAAACCCAUAAUUUGAAGAGCGUGAAUAGUGCAGGUCGUAGCGAACAGAAGAAAUUGGGAAAUAUAAAGUAUCGUCUUACUAAAGUUGUGUCGGGUAUGGAGAUACUACUGACUAACGAGAACGAGGGUGUUUGUCAACCUGUAUUUGCCGUAUGCAGUGAUGGAAAGGCAUAUUUUAUUGUAGUAAGAGGUUCUAGUGCUGUGGAGGAUUUUGCCACCAAUUUGAUGUGCGAUCCAUUAGACGGGGAUUUGGGUCCUCAUAGAGGCAUGGCUCUAUCGGCAGAUUGGUUGGAUAAGCGUAUCCGUAAGCAUUUGUUGGCAUUUAUUGAGAAGCAUCCGAAGGCCAAAAUUAUACUUACUGGACAUUCAUUGGGUGCUGGGUCUGCUGCGCUUCUGACGAUUAAAUGGUUAAAGGAAUUACCACAGUUUGCCGCAAGGAUACAGUGUGUGGCAAUAGCAUGUCCUGCCAUUUUGAAUGAACAUGAUUCCUACGUAAGUACUGACAGAAUAAAGACAAUUAUAUUCGGUAAGGACAUCGUGCCCCGACUAUCGUUUGGCUCCUUCCGAGAUUUGUUGGUCCAAAUGAAGGCCUUGGCUGAUCUAGAAGUAGAAGGUAGUGGAGCGGUUUCGUCAGCGGGUUCAGCCAUCAUUAAUAUGGCCGGAGACGGAGUUGUUGUGGUGGAGACAGGAACUCCCGACUAUGAUGCGGUGUCGGAUACGUCUACAGCUGCGUCUUCUAGUAGAAAAGGAAAGAAGCCAAUGGGAAGAAAAACACCUGGCAGAUUGUUGAAGAAAUUGGCCGAAGAUUCAAGCAGCGAAGAUGAGGAAUGGAAAAAACUACCCGAACGAUUAGAUCAGCUAGAGUCGUACGAAAGUAUUCGAAACGUCAUUCUUACCGAUGUUAACUUCUCCGGUCUCAGUGAGGCGGAAAGGCUACAACAAAAUAAGGCCUUAGCCGCACAAUUGGCAAGGGCUAAAGUAACAUUCGGUGGAGCAAGCUUCAAUCAGAUACACACGAUUUUAAAGAAGCGAGUUAAGCAACUAGAUGCCAGGAGAAAGAAGUUAUUGAAGAAUCCAUCAGGCAAACCCAGCUGGUGGAAAAGAUUAGGAUGGAAAAUUCUAAAAUUCUGGUAUGGAGGAUGUAGACCAACCACCAAAAAAAUUAGUGCAACUACUGAACAACAAAAUCAAUUACUCGACCUUUGUAUGAAGGAGAUCAAACAACUACGAUGCUCAUCAAGUCUUAGAUUUCUAGUACCACCUGGUGAAAUUUUCUUAUGUGUUCCUCGCAUACAAUUCGUUGAACAAGAGAGAGAUCUUCCCAAGAUUAAAAAAGUACUUAAGGGUCAAUGCUACAUGUUCAAAUUAGACAGACAUACCUUCAAUCAACAAGCCCUUCAACCUAUUUGGAGUAUAAGCGCCUUUAGACAACAUAGUAUGAGCUGCUACCUUCAAGCCCUAGCUCCUGAUACCCUUAGCAAGUGCCCACUGGAUAUGAUACUUGAAGAAUCUGGCGCUGACGACAAAAAAUAG